AUGACUGUCUGGGAACUGAAGGCCACUAUGUCGCGGUUUCGCCUUGACCAUGGAACCGGACAUAGCUGGACACGUCAGCGGUGGGCAAGGAAACAACAAAAAGACGAUAGGACUGCGGGGGAAUCACGCUGGCGUGCGUGGAAUGGCAAGAAGAUGCGUAGUGAUGGACACGCUUUCAGCCUAAUCAGCAUAAGCGGCGGAUUAAAGUUUUCACCAGAAUUUCCGAAGCGAGAAGCCACUUAUCCGCAGUUGGUAUUACACUUUAUCAGGUUGGCUGUUGGCAGCUCUAUGCAAAUUGCGAUGGCAGUGGACUUCCAAAUACGUAGCUAUCCGAAGGCCAGCUUGUACAUCCUCCACUCAAGUCACCAGUGCGGGAAACACAACCAACGCUAG